CUUCUUCACUACACCUGUGCCUGAACAGCCGUCGAAAUUCCAUUUUACUACUUGAACAUGGGUCGUCUAGAGAACAAGAACUGCAUCAUCACCGGAGGAGCUGGCGGAAUCGGCCUCGAGACCGGCAUCCUCUUUGCUCGCGAGGGCGCCAAUGUUCUCCUCUGCGACAUUUCGGGCCCGGCCUUGGAGAAGGCCUCUGCCAAGCUGAAAGAGGUGGUUCCAGAGGCCAAGAAGGUCGAGACCAAGAUCACCGAUGUGUCCAAGGAGGCCGAUGUCCAGGCCAUGAUUGACCACGUGGAUUCCUGGGGCGGUGUCGAUGUCCUGUUCAACAACGCAGGAAUCAUGCACGCCAACGACGACGAUGCUGUCAACACGCCCGAGAAGAUCUGGGACUUGACACAGGCCAUCAACGUCAAGGGUGUAUGGUUCGGCUGCAAGCACGCAGUCAACAGCUUCAGGAAGCAUGGCAAGAAGAAGACGAGCGUUAUCAACACGGCGAGUGUUGUGGCACUGGUCGGUAGCGCCACACCACAGCUUGCCUACACAGCCAGCAAGGGCGCCGUGCUGGCCAUGACCCGGGAGUUGGCCAUGGUCCACGCACGUGAAGGCUUCAGAUUCAACUCGCUGUGCCCAGCACCACUGAACACUCCUCUUCUGCAAGACUGGCUUGGUGACGACAAGGAGAAGCGCCAUCGCCGCGAAGUCCACUUCCCCACAGGCCGCUUUGGCGAGGCCAUCGAGCAGGCUCAGGGUGUCCUCUUCCUUGCGAGCGACGAGAGUAGCUUCGUCAACGGAACCGACUUUGUCAUUGAUGGCGGUAUGACCAAGUGCUACACUACUCCCACUGGACCGCCCCUCGAUGCGCCCAAGAACAACGCACGAUAGGUGCCGAGUGGGCGACGGGAUCGGGACGACUUCAGGCUGGCAAGGAAGCCGUGGUGCAGCCAUAGACAACAUGUGAUUACAGUAAUGGAUGAUAGAUGCUCAAAUGAAUGAUACCACGAAAUUAC